AUGGCUGAGGAACCCACAUUGCAGGCUUUCUUCAAGAGUAAAGACUAUGCUAGCUCAUUCAAACGCGGGGAGAUGGUCACCCGCCCAUUCGCUGAAAUGCUGGUUGACCAGAGCAAGAUUGCCGCCGAGUCCAAGGCCAACCCUGAUCAGCACCUAGUAGUCCUUGACAAUGCCUGCGGCACUGGUGUUAUCUCUAGCGCACUCAACGAUAAGCUUGAUGACUCUGUAAAGAAGAUGUGGAAGUUGACUUGCGGAGACAUAUCGUCGCCAAUGAUCGAGUCCGUUACGCACCGUAUGCAAGAAGAGGGUUGGCCGAACGCAGAGGCAAAGAUCGUGGAUGCGCAGAAGCCCGAGCUAGCUAGCGCUCAAUUCUCUCACAUCUUCACUGCUUUCGCCUAUAUGGCACUACCUGACUCUCUUAAGGCCCUCGAUGAAACCGUCCGAAUGCUGCAGCCCGGCGGAACUAUUGCUUUCUCGACCUGGAUCGAGCCCGGCUGGAUCGCCGUCGCCCGAGCAGCGGUUGAAAGCAUGCCGGGCAACCUGUCUUUUCCGGAGACCCCAAAGCUCCUGGCCGUCUUGACUGAUGGGAAAUGGGACUCGAAGGCUUGGAUCGAGACCCAGCUAGAGGAACGUGGGUUUCAGGACAUCGACGUCCGUCCAACAACGACAAAACUGACCAUCACAUCCCCUAUCUUCGUUGACAUGACCAUGUUGAUGAUUCCCAUGAUGGUAAAGUCCUUUUGGACUGAGAAGCAACGGGAGGAACACCAGGAUAAGGUUCGUCCGGCGAUAGAGAAGUACUUGGAAGACACUUACGGGUACGGGAACAUCGAUACCGAAUGGGUGGCUAUUCUGUCCACUGCGCGCAAGUCUGGCUAG